CGCUUUCGAUAACAAAACCAGUUUAACGACUUCCCGAAAAUGGAGGCAAAUGAAAGCGUGAUUUACUAAUAAUAUUUUGCAAAUAAUCAUGGAGAACACUCAAGAAUUGAGCAAAGACUCAGAGAGAAGAAAGCUUCAAGAGGAUAUCGAACGUCUACAAAAUGUUAUUGGCGAUGAUGACUUCAAUUCUGAUGAAGAUAGCGAUAACGAUAUUUUACAUAUCGACAUCAACUCAAAUGCUGAAGGCGAAGACGACUUUCGACAGACACCAGGUGGAUUUUCUAGUCAAGCUGCAUCUGUAAUCCAUGAUUCUGUAAUUGUUGAUGAUGACAGAGAUGGUGAUGAAAUUGUUAUCAAUUUGAAUGAGAAUGUUCCUAUUGAUCCUGACACAUGCCUGGCCCUGAAUAAAGCAUACCAGGAAGUUCUACUUGACACACUUAGAUCUAUUGAGAUGGCCCUGAUAGAGAACAGAGAUAAACAGGAUCGCAUACAAGAAAAUCUAGAUGAAAAUCCUAAGAGAGCAAAAGUACCUGACACUACAGGAAGAAGAACCAUCACUAGCUAUCAAAGGCCAUUCUUCUCUGAUGUAUAUGGAGAUGUUCCCCCACCUAACACAGAUGUGUUUAUAAAAAGGAGAACAGAAGAACAAAGACAGGAUAUCAGACCACAACAAGCAUGGAGGAAAAACAUGAAAACUGCUAUGAAGGAAGCUGUGUAUUUAGAUUCUCUGAGUCAGCAAACAAGAGAUUUACUUAACAGAAAAGAGAUAUACUAUGAGAAAUUGUCAAACAUGAGUAAGGAGGCCCAUGGUGAAGAAUUUGAAAAGUUUGUACAGAAAAUAGAAGAUAUUGACACUGAAGUGAAUAGGAUAAUGAAUCUUCCCAAAGAAGAAGUUAUCAAGAAAGCAGACACAGACAGAGUUGAUUGGAUGAAAAUUUCAAACACAGUGUUGAAAAACUUACGUGAUCCAACAGAGUGCGAGUUGUAUUGGAAAAAUUCUCUAAACCCUGAUAUUAAUAAAAAAGAUUUUGGAAAACUAGAGAAAGAUAAACUGAAAAAGCUAGUGGAUAAAUAUGACAAUAAGAAUUGGAUUGCUAUAUCUAAGGAGCUUGGGACAAACAGAACACCUUUUCAAUGUUUUCAGUAUUAUCAACAGCAUUUGAAUGAGUUAUUUACCAAAAGGGAUUGGACAGAGACAGAGGAUCAAAUUUUAUUAGAUGUAGUAGAUAGCUGUAGAGUUGGCAAAAUAAUUUCAUGGACCCAAGUGUCAUAUUUUAUCGAAGGCAGAAGUUCAAAUCAGUGUGCAUUGCGUUGGGCUCAGACAAACCCAGAAAUUAAACGAGGGAAGUGGUCUGAUGAAGAAGAUACGAAAUUAUUAUGUGCAGUAUACCUCUAUGGGGAGAAAGAAUGGGAGAAGGUAGCUGAAUAUGUACCUGGUCGUACUAUCCCACAAUGCAGGGAGAGGUACAAGUCAUCAUUAGAUCCUAAGUUACGACCUCCAGACUAUUGGACAUAUGAGGAAGAUAAACGGUUGUUAGUAAUAGGAGAACAACUUAGAAAACCAGAUGGGAAAGUACCAUGGUCUAAAUUAGCAGAAAGGUUACCAGGUCGCACUGAUAAUAUGGUUCUCUCUCGGUUUAAGAAACUAGAAGAAUGGAAGGAGAAAUGUGGAUGGUUAGAAACACAAGAUGAAAAGACAAAAAAGGAUCUUGGCUACAUCGACCUAGAAGCAUUGUCAAAGGGAAAAGGAGAAAGAUUUGGAAAAAGACAACUUACAAAAUCUAACGAUAAAUCAGUGGUGGUGGAUAGACAAAAUCAAGAGGACUACAGAAGAUUAUCUAAGGCACUAUCUAAGUUACCUGUGGUGGAAUAUAGAUAUGAUUAUAUAAAGCAACUAAAGGAUACGCGAGAAGGUAAUUUGGUUGUACCAAGACCACCACUAAUGUAUCGUUACACAAGAAGAUUGACCAAAAAUAUAUGGACUCGUAAAAAACACAUGAAGAAUUUAGUGGAGAAACAUCUUUCAAGUUUAAAUGUUACCAAACCAGAGGAGAGAGUAUUAUUACCGGAAAAAACUGCCCAAGAAUUCAAACCAUUCACAUCACUGAGUGAGAGGCAAAUGAAGAAAGUCCAACGUAUUUUGGAGAAGAAAAAUCCAUGUGAAAUUUCCGUUAAAGAACUGCUUGAAACAACCAAUAAAGAAGCCCCAGUACCGAAUGAAACAGUCACUGUCAGACGUGACAGAAAAAAUCGCCUUGAUGCUGAAAUUGAGAAGAAAAUUAUGGACAUAUUGCAGUUUAAGCAUUGUUAUAUUACUAAAUGGAGGAAGCCUUGUGGUCGUCCUAAAAAGUUUUAUUUCUUUCAUCCAAAUGGGAAAAAACCUUCAAAAUUUGAACCAGAAAACACAGUACAGUUGAGUACAGUGACAUCUACCUUACUUUUCAAUGCCUUAGAAAUAGACGGGAAGAAAGCAAUGGAAACUUAUCCAACUCUUAUUGCUAAACAGAGGAGGCUUUUAAAACCUGUAUAUGAACUUUUAGGAAGAUGUUUCCCUAAAGCACUACCAGCUCCUUCCCCAGUAGUACAAUCAGGAUCACAUGGAAGUGGAACAAAAAGAAAAAGUUCAACUGAAGACGAUGAAACUUAUAGACCAAAAAGAAAAACACGUCUUACACCUGCUACUCCCAUUGAAGAAGGAGAGCAAAAAUUGCCAGAUGAAAGUAUGAGUAGAAUAGUGAAUAACAUCAUAGAAACUACGCGUCGUGAUGUUCUAAGGCAAGACAAAGGCAAGCGUGCGUCUUCCCCAACCUCUUCAGAUGAGACUCAGUCACCCUUUAAACCAUUAAGGAAGAGAAAAUCAACUAACUCAUAUGUGAUAUCUAAUCAGCAGCCAAAAAUUAUAACUGUCAAUGUUAAUCCAACUUCAAUUAAAACAACAUCACAAAUGAAAAUGCCCAAAAUAGUUCAACUGAAUACGCAGAAAUCAACAACGGGUCCUGUUCCAACAGCCCUGAUAACAAAUGCAAACACUAUACAAAAUAAACCUGGCCAGCAAAUUGUUAAACUGGGGCAAUCUCAUCUACUUGGUGCUAACACAUUAAAGCCUGGUCAGACGGUACCUACAUCCUCACCACGUGUGAUAGUGUUGAAACAGGCACCAAGAGCACAAGGACAAAACAGGUUUCCUGUAUUACCGCCUUCUGUGACAACAAUUCGUGGAUAUGAAGAAUUGAUGUGUCAGACUAACUUAUUAAAGGCAAGAGCAGGGGACAAGUAUAAUCCCUAUUUCUACUUUGAAAAAAGUCAAGUAUUGGAAAAUAGAGUGAACCCUGUUAUGAAUGAGAGAAAUAUUGAAUCAAGACUGAACUUUGUUGAUAAAGUGGAUCGUGCAGUAGAAACAGGAGCGAGGAAGGUAAAUGCUGUAUUAGCAGGUAGGGCUAACAGACCAGACAAAGCUGGUAGUUGGAUGCACCCGAGGAAAGAUUUGUUAAAAGACCUCAGACAGUCAGAAGAGUAUAUCAAAAUGAAAAGACGUUUUGAUGCUCUAUUUAUGUGGCCAGCUUUCUUAUCUCUGUUAAAACCUGACGAGGAAAAUUUCUUUGAUAAACAAGAACAGGAAAAAAAAUUGGUUUCAUUUGAUGAGUUUAUGGAAUUGGAGGAGGAAGAAAAAAAACGAAAAUUGAAAGCAGAAGAAGAGAAAGAAAAAAAAGAAGAAGAAGAAGAAGAAGAUAUUAAACCUGCAAUGGAGGUGGAAACUAAACCAAAGUCAAAAUAUGCAUCAAUGCGUGGGAAGUUGUUUGUAUAUUAUAGACAGAAAGCUCGUGAAAGAAAAAAGCUAAUUUCUGAGAAGAGAAAAAUGGCUAAACAAAUGCAGAUGAAAAGUAUAGCAGAAAAGGGCUUAGAAAAAAUCAGAGCUGAGAGAAUGGCAAAGGAGAAUGCAUUUAAACAGAAGCAGGUUGAGAAGUGGUCAAGUUUGGUUGGUCAGAAACAGAGUGCUAGACUUAUUGAGAAACAGGAUGAUAGUGAUUAUGAAGAGGAUCGCACAAUUUAUAUACCUGAACUGCCAAUGAAAAAUAAGAAAAGACAGAAGCUUAGAAGUCUCAAAGCACUGACUACUGUUAUGGAAUUAAAGAAAAAAGGAUCUUCAAUCACUCAAGCUUUUGCUGAAAUGAGAAAGAAGAAAGCUCUUAGAUUGCAACUGAAGAAAUUUAAAGCUUCUAAUACUGAAACUGUUGAAACAUCAUCUCCAAUGAAAAGUCUUGUGUCUCCUCCUGGGUAUGAGAUGGUACCCAUGAUGAUGUCACCAACUCCACCUGGAUAUAUGAUGGUACCCAUGAUGAUGUCCCCAGGGGGCACUACAACUGUACAACUGCAACAACCAGCAACUUCUUCGAAUUCUAGUCCGAACAAAGUGCUUCAACCAAUGUAUCUUAUGCCUCCCUCUCCCAGUAGUACUCCUACUACUGGGGCACUUCCAUAUCCGGUUUUCUUCAUGCCAAAUUUGUCUGGAAUAAGUACGUUCAAAACAAUAGGACAAGAAAAUUCAGGUGUACCAACAGUAUCAUUGCCACCUCAUACAGCGGGCCAAGCUAUUCCCACAUUAUCAUGGCCACCACAUACAGCAGGCCAAGAUGUCCCUACAGUAUCAUUGCUGCCUCAUACAUCAGGCCAACAUAUUCCAAUAGUAGCAUUACCACCUCAAACAGCUGGCCAAGAUAUCCCUACAGUAGCAUUGCCACCUCAAACAGCAGGCCAAGAUAUCCCUACAGUAUCAUUGCCCCCUAUGUCAUUACAAACAAUGGAAGUGGAUAUUCCAACAGUGCCAUUACCACCUGUCACAUCAGAUCCUGAGCAGACGACACAAGUUAAUGCUCCUCCUGAACAGUCAAUAGAUACAUACAAUUCUAUAUUUCAAAGUGGAAACCUUUCUCCUAAAAUUAUAAGUGUUGUUGGGGCAGACAAUACUAUUGCAUCUCCAUUUAAAUCAACUGUGUCAGAAAACUCUGAAACAUCACAUGUUUUUCUUGGAACUGUUCCUGGACAGGGAAACAGUCCAAUGUUGAUUUCUGUGCCUAAAAACAGUGAUAUGACUGUGAAGCAACUAAUUCAGAUGAUGGGAGAUCAAUCUAGACAAGCUUCUGAAACAGCAAUUGAAACAAUUGAAAUAGUACAAGAUGAACCGACAAUAGAUGGAAAUAAAUCUAGACAUGCUACUGAAACAUGUACAGUGAUGGAUACAAUUGAAAUAGUACAAGAUAAACAGAAAACAGAUGGAAAUAAGUCUUUACUUGAAGAAUCGGAAGGAGAUCAAAACUUUGAGACAAAUACAAAUAGAACUGAUUCUACUUCAGAAAAUUGAUGCAGUAUAUUUGAUUGUUGACAGACUACUUAGUUGCCAUACAGAUGAUGAACAAAUGAGAAAAAUUGUUCAUUCUGUUAAAAAGUUAUUAUUAUUGAUAAGUUUUAUUGUUCUGUUCAAAGAGCCAUUCAUUAUGAAUUUAAGAUUGUUAAUGAGAAGUUAACCCUGAGAUUAUUGUUAAAAUUAUUAAUAAAUUAAUCAUGAAUUAUUA